UGAGGGCGGGGCCUGAGCUGUGGGGCGCACCAGGGAUGACGCGAUCUCUUUCUCUCAGCUCGAGUUCCAGUCCCUGAAGGUUUUCGAGACGGUUCUCGGAAAAAAACCUGGCUGGGCCUUUGGCUUGCAGACCGACUGUUAGCCCAGAAGAGAAUUAGAGCUGUUCCCUGAUAAAUCUGCUGCUAACCGUAGGCAAAGCAGUAACGAUUCCUCAGCAACGCAGAGCCGAGCUCCCGCCGUUGCUAGAUCCUGAGCUUGGCACAGUGGGAAUUUCCGAAGGUAAAUAGGAUCCGGUCCCUGCUUUCAGAGGAGAGCGUAGUCUGUCGAGGGAGUUACCGCAACCUAAAGUAGAAUGGAUUUGCCUGUGGAUGAGUGGAAAUCGUAUGUAUUUCGGAAAUGGUCUUUGCUUCCGAAGUCCAUUCAGGAUGCAGUUUCUACAGCAGAUACUUUAAGGGAUCUCUUUCUUCACUCCUCUUCACUUCUUCAACCUGAGGAUGAGAUGUUUUUGAAAAGUCUCUCUGGAGGUUACCUCGUGGGAAAGGACCCCAAUGCUCCCCCGUUCUACAGAGAAGAGGGAAACAAAAAAUUUCAGAAGAAGGAUUAUACGGGAGCCACAGUGCUGUACUCUAAGGGAAUAUCACAUGCAAGGCCUCACACUGCAGACAUUUCACUGUGUUAUGCCAAUCGCUCUGCGGCCCUCUUCUACCUGGAUGAGUAUGAAAUGUGUCUUAAAGACAUCACGAGAGCACAGAUGCAUGGGUAUCCGGAAAGUUUGCAACCCAAGGUGACGUUACGUAAGGUCGAAUGUCUGGUGACCCUGGGGAGACUACAGGAGGCAGGCCAGACCAUCAGGGAUCUUGAAAGUAGCUUUGCUGCCAAACCAACCCUAGCAGCUGCCCAGUUUCAAAUUCUGCAGAGAAACCUCUGUCGUCUGAAAAUGAAGGUAAAAGAAAGGGAGAAUCUCACAGCAACCUUCCCAGAAGUUGUAACAAAAGUCUUUGAGGAUAUGGACCUAAGGGAAGAGAAUGAACAGAUUGCCAGUGCGUCAUCUUCUGUCGGCCUACGCGUGGACCCUUUAAGAGGCCGCUAUCUGAUUGCCACAAAAGAUAUUCUCCCAGGAGAGCUCUUGGUGAAGGAGGAUGCUUUUGUGAGUGUCCUUAACCCGGGAGAAAGGCCACCACUACAUCAUGGCCUAGAGAGCAAGUGGGAUACCAGAGUUACCAAUGGGGACCUCUACUGUCACCGAUGUUUGAAGCACACUUUGGCCAUGGUUCCCUGUGAUGGAUGCAGCUAUGCCAAGUACUGCAGCCAUGAGUGUAUGCAGCAGGCCUGGGAUCUCUACCAUAAUAUAGAGUGUCCUCUAGGGGGGCUGCUGCUCGCACUGGGUGUCUUUUGCCAUGUCGCCCUGAGGUCAACUCUUUUAGCUAGAUUUGAGGAUGCAGGCAAAGUCCUAAAGAAGCUUUGUGGUGAGAUUAGUAACAAGGGCAUGUGUUCACCUGAAAGUGAGAAUCUGAUACAAAUGCUCAGUUCUGACGUAGGAGGGGAGAGUGAGAAAAAUGGCAAAGGAGUUAAGACCCCAGUUCCAGGAUGUGAUAUUAAUGGCAAAUAUGAAAAUAACUAUAAUGCUGUCUUCCACCUCUUGCCCCACACUGAAAACCAUAGCCCAGAAUACAAAUUCCUCUGUGCUCUCAGUGUGUCUGCGCUGUGCAAGCAGCUCGAAGCAGCCGAUUCCUCUAAGCCGGAAGCAGCAGUGCCUCCUGUUUUGUGUUCCGAGUUGAAUGUCUGGGGAGUGGCCAUGUUGAAGCAGAUGUUACAGCUGCAGUGUAAUGCUCAGGCAAUAACUACCAUUCAGCAAACAGCACUUUCAGGAUCUAAAGAGAACAACAUUACCGACAGCAGGCUGGUCCGCCUUGCCACGGGCAUCUUCCCUGUCGUCAGCCUCCUGAACCAUUCCUGCAGCCCCAACACCAGCAUGUCCUUCGUGAGCACCGUUGCCACCAUCAGGGCCUCGGAGAAGAUUGGGAAAGGGCAAGAGAUCCUCCACUGCUACGGGCCUCACCACAGCAGGAUGGGUGUUGCUGACAGGCAGCAGAAGCUGAGGUCCCAGUACUUCUUUGACUGCGGCUGCCCAGCUUGUCAGAAGGAGAAGCACAGAGCUGCUGUCGGGCCCCGAUGGGAGGCAUUCUGUUGUAGCCGUUGCGGAGCAGUCUUGCAGGGAGGGGAUGUUCUGAGCUGUGGCAGCACGUCCUGUACGGAAUCAGUCAGCAGGGAGCACCUCGUCUCCCGGUUACAGGACCUUCGGCAGCGGGUUGGGAGCGCCCGGAAUCUUCUCAGCAAUGGUCAACUAGAGCAAGCCAUUCAGCUGUUGUUGGUGUACCGACACGAUGCUGAGAACUUCCUGUCAGCAGAACACAGCAUGGUGGGAGAAAUGGAGGAUGCCCUGGCCCAGGCCUACGCUGCCUUAGGGGACUGGCAGAAGUCAGCUACGCAUCUGCAGAAGAGCCUCCGAGUGGUUGAGGUUCAGCAUGGGCCAGCCAGUGUUGAAAUGGGCCAUGAGCUCUUCAAACUGGCCCAACUCUUUUUCAAUGGGUUUGCAAUGGCAGAAGCACUGCACACAGUCCAGAGGGCAGAAAAGGUUCUGAUGGUGCACUAUGGCCCUUGCAGUGACGAGAUCCAGGAGCUACAGAAGAUGAAAUCUUGUUUAAUGGACUCGCCACCCUUCUCAUUGGGGCCUUCAGUGUAGGAUCCCAAGGUUUUCUUCAGAUAGUUACCUACCCUCCUGUAAAAACUCCCAGUUCCCAGAAAAGACUUAAAACUAGUGUCUGGAGAGCCAAAGCCCUUUAAAAUGAUUUUAGCUGAUCUACAGGCAUCUGGAUGUUAGCCUGGGGUUUUGGCUAGAGUGCAUCUCACUAAAUGAUGAUAGUCUGUUUCCCUAGAACAUUCCUGUGGUUUCUAGUAGUAAUGAAAUGUUAUGUACCACUCUAGUGGGAACUUACGCUCUUAGUAGUUGUAGUUGAAAAAUAAUUAUAAAGCAAGAAAUCACUGAGACUCCUUACCUCUAGAGACACCAUUUCGUACGUGGUAUAUAGCUUUCUCGAAUCCUUUGUUAAAACUGGUGCAGUGUAAAUUGUGACUAGAGAAAAUAAGUAUGAGGCCACUUUAUUGUUGGGCAAUCUCUUCCCGGGAUGGCAACUCUAAAUUUGUCUCUUGCCAGUUUUCCAGUCCUUAUUAUCUGCCUCUCCUUCUGUACUCUUGGCAGACGUGCUGACCAAACACUAAUAGAAUCAAGCUUAUAGUAAUGACAUGCGGGUCUCCUUUCUCCUGAAAAGAGAAUCCCUUCUGCCAGACCUUCCCAGGCUGGCAAAUGAAAUAAAAACUGUGUAAGUCCUGAGCCAUAUGAGGGGGACUUCAGAAGAUGCGAGAGAGCGUAGACAGUGCUGCUUGUGGUUUCAAACUCGAGCGGCAGAAGGGAGGGAUGAUAGGUCUUUUCUGCCUGGAUGUGUAGAGCGAUAGUCUAGAUUUCCUUCCUGGCCAGAAGGCUGGCAGACUCUGUUCUGUACCCUGGUUGCCGUAUCACCGUCCAUGACCGAGUGGUUCCAGUGAGUUAGCGGAAAGGAACGUCAGGUCCACGCUGCUUCUAGAGCUUGCCCUCCCCAGGCAGUCCCCUCUGCUGGCCUCAGCACAGUAAUCAGGAAAUGAAUAGCCUGAAGAUGUCUGGCAGUAGCUUUUCAGGAAACCGAGUGUUUAGAACACAGGUUACGUUCAAACGUGUGAAUGAAGGUCAGGCAGGAUCUCAUUGAUUCUUCUUACUACUAAUUCACUGUGGCAAGGCAGUGGCCAGUGAGAUUUUUGUUUUCAUAGAGAAAUUUUUCUUCUUGAAAGUGUAGUCCUAAGGACAGUUCUGUAUUCUGUUCCAAAUGCUUGUCAUGUUUCGUGUUCCUAAAAAAUGGUCCUGUUAAUACUCUGUAAAAUAGGCAUGCCCCCUUAAAAGGAAUGUGUUUAGAAUUUUCACACGUCAGGUCCCAUUUUAGGUGUACUUGGGAGCUUUCCUUAAAUGCUUUACAAAACAUUUCCUUAAGUUACAAAUUACCUCUCUUAUCUGUCCGUGUGUUAUCCUGUGUUGUGACGUGAUAUUAGCUUGACUGGGGGAUAUCUGUGCUUGCAUGAAAAGCUAAAGUUUUGGGGUGCUUGGGUGGCUCAGCCGGUUGGGCGUCUGCCUUCGGCUCAGGUCACGAUCCCAGGGUCCUGGAUCAAGCCCCAUGUCUGGCUCCCCACUCAGCGGGGACCCUGCUUCUCCCUCUC